AUGAAGGCCACCGCCAUCAUCCUGGUCAUCAGUACCCUCUUCGGCUCCACCACCCUCGCUUGCCGCUGCGCCUCCUGGGGCCUGACUCUCUACUACGACUACCAAAACACCAAGGACUGCUGCUACCAGCUUAACGGUGCAUUCUACGACGGCGACCCCAACGGAAAAGAGUACGACUGUCAGGCGGCGUCCAUCUCCGAGAAGCUGAGCUCCUUCCACCACUGCUGCUGGUACAAGGACAACAACAUGCGGGGUGACUGCAAGUGGCCCGGCAAAUCGACGGUCAUAGAUCGUCGUGAGGGGUCGGGAUCGAUGGAGAAACAAGAGCUGGACUCGUGA